AUGGGGCUCCUGGAGCGAAGGUUUCGCAACGUGCUGGGUUUGAGUGUCUGCCGCCUUCAGGAGGUGACCGAAUGGUUCCGUGGCCGAGGAGAGGAGCUGAUCUAUACGAAGCUUGACGACCAGCUUACCGAGUUUCUGCGCGAGAAAUAUUUCGAAGGGAAGCUCCGGAGCUAUGCAGUGAAUGUGAUUCGUGCAGUGAAGUUCGAGGUGCCUGCAGAAAUGGGGCGUGACAGCCUCGGGCGUGCCAGAAAUGCUGUUGCCCGUUGGGAUGAUACGCCUUUUCUCGAGCUGGACACUAGCAAGGUUCGGGCGGCUGGCCUCCAAGCGAUGGGCACGGCGGCAGUGUGCAAUGGCCUGGGAGAAAUGCUUGGCCUUGAACCGCUGCUGCAACUGCGGGGAUCUUCCAGAAGUAUGCCUGCGGCAGUGGACAGUGCCCUCCAUCGUGUCUUCAAGGACUACUUUCCGCACGUCAGUGCUGAAGACUGGCGCGGAUGCAAGCCUCUGCGGCAGGACCUGCAGAACUUCCUCGGACAGUGGAUGGUUCUGCCAGGCGAGGAAGACAGGGAAGGAGGCACUUUUCCAGACCAUCCGGCCAUGCGGUUGGUCAUUCGACACUCCCCGGCUUUGUUUCAGCUGGAGAUGGCAGGGUCGGCAGCCUUCCAGAUGGAAGGCAGUUUGGCACUCCUCGGGCACGAUCUGCUGCGGCUAAAUUUGGACACCGUGGGCCUGUGGUUCAGGCCGCCUGGCUCCACGGACGUGCAACUCCUGCAACAGAACAACUUGAACCAGAGCUUCGGGAGUGGCUCCGCGACAGAAAUUGCUGCGCUUGGCCAGAAGCUGCGACGGUUUUUGGACCCUCGGCAAGCCAUUGACGCUGCGCAGCUGCUGAACCCCGGCACUGUUUCCACCCUGUCAAUGCUAUUCCCGGAUGCCAAGUACGAUGUGGCUUUGGUCCAAGACACGUUUCAACACUACGACCUGCAAGCUCCCUAUGCUCUGGAGGAUACGCAUUUUCUGGAAAAGAUCCGGGGCAGCCCCCGCGAUUGCUACCUGUCAUACACGUUGGAAAGCAACGGCAGAAUCUGCUCAUGUCAUCACCUUCUCAAGACCCAGGAGCAUUUGGAUGCAACUCGAGUGGAGUUCUACGAGGCGCAGCUGCGGGAGGCCCUGGCCACUGGUUCCAAUGCGCGGCCCACUGCACUCGUGCUUGACUUCUUCAACGGUGGCCAGAUCCACGCUCCGCAAGCUGAUGAGGGCGAUGAGGUCAGAGGUCCAGGCGGACGUCGCCUCCAAAAACGAUUGCGAGAUGCUGUUGAGAAGGGGUACAUGGACCACAGUGUCAACAAACAUAGAACUUGGAUUUUACUCGACGGCCACCACAAAGUGGAGGCAGCCGUGCGCUUGCAUUGUUCCUUGAACUUCCUGGUGUUUGCUCCCUGCGCGGAGCCGUACGAGCCGCUAGGUGACGGGGAGUUUUCGCCGAUCCUGGCCAAAGCUGCCACUUUCCCUCACGUUUGGCCAAGCCAAAGCAGUCCGAUUGCAGAGUGGGAGGUGGCGCGCCGUUGCUCCUGUGUGGCGAUGCGACUCAGCAGCUCGCGACAGCUUUCCGAGGCCUGGAUAUGCAGACAAGGUUGCAGCUGCUUUGAGGUGGAGGACAGCGGAUUUCCUCCCUGGGUCUACGGCAUGGUGAGGAUGAUGAACAGCGCCGGCGGAAAUUCACCGAGUUCAAGAAGUAUGUUGAUGGAGCGUUGCAGAAGCCGUUUCGGAAAGGAAAGUGAGCUUUUCACAACCUAUCGCAAUGCAAAUAUGGCAGCACUGCCAGAAAGCCUGAAUCUGCAACUGGUGGAGGCAGCCUUUGAUGUGGCAUUCCUUGAAUGA